UGCUGGCCUUUGCGGGCACCUAAUGCACGCAGCCAGUGUAGAUGGAAGUGAUAAACGCCAUGAUAACGUCAAACGUCAAAUAUGUGCAUUCUCUGCGAUAAUACGCGGCAUCGGGUGCUGUAUGUAGGAAAUGAGUGCGGUGGUGUGCAAAUAUUUCCAUAUUAUUUGAAGGCAACGAUGCCCUAAGCUGAACUAAACUGACCAAGAACCAAAGCACUAGUAUAAGAUGUUCCGAAACCCCAAAAGUAAAUUCGAUUUGGGCGAAUAUUUACGACGCGUAAAACGUAUUCUCGAUGGAAAUCUUACCUACAAGAAGAUAUUUAUCAUUCUCCUUUGCUUCACGUUUAUCUUCCUCUACCUUGGUCCGACGAUAUUUCGCUUGCUGUUUUCGCACAGACCAGAAAUCAAAGACCCCUUGGAACGAUGCAUGGACGACCGGUUGACACCUUUCUACCUUCAAAACUCUGAAUUUAAUGCAAAUAUUCGUCACCUGCCAAGGAUGCCCGAAGAAAAUAACUUCAUACCAUAUGUGGGCAACGGCUAUUUUGGGAUGGAGAUUCAAUCCGACGCUAGCAUCAACAUAAAAGGCAGACGUUCCUUGAAAGUUUCCAUCUUCUUCCACCCGGUAGUGUCUCUUGCACAAACAAAUGGCGAGUACCGCCAGGCAACUGUUGUCGAAUACUUAAAUGGAAUAGUCCACAGAUUUCAGUGUUUUCAAGACUAUUUUGUGUCUUACCAGUACUACGCACAUCGCAAUAUGCCUUCGAUUUUCGUUCAAGAAAUUGAAAUAACGAACACAAAGAACCAAAUCGUGGACGUUGAUCUAACACUUCCUCGGAUAUCCGACUGGCCAUCGGCAAUGACCCAAGAUAUAAAAAUAGAGCAUGGAUCAACAAUAUUAGAAUACCAGGCAGUAAGUGGACAAAUCAAAGAAAAUCCUGAUAGUGACGAGGUGAUUGCCGUCUGCAUAGUCUCCCGUAGGAUGCCACGAUCAUUAACACUUAAGAAGCGUGGUAUUACCAGACUGGAAAUUCUCAUGUCAAUACACUAUUCAAAGCCGAUAAAAGCAUCUCAGUACGAAGAUAAGAAAGUGGAAAUUCAAAGGAAUGCAAUCGAAUCAAUAAAAAGUGCCAUUCAAGACGUAGAACACGAUGUUGAAAAUGUUUACUAUAACUUCAAGAAGCAACAUGUUCGGGUGUGGAACAAUCUCUGGGCUACCGGCUUUGAUAUAAGCACUUCGAAAGCCGAAAACAGUAUAAAUGGGGAUCGAGUCAAUGCGACCAUUUAUGCGGUUCUUUCUCAGUCCCGUAGUUAUGAAUUUGAAGAAUCAAUUACACCCCAAAGGAAACAAGAAAUCGCCCGAACUUUAACCUAUGCCGAAGGUUGCUAUGAUAGCUACCACACCUUGCAGGCGGAGAAUUUAUGGUUCGAUAUGGCCACUUUGGACGAACUCAAUAGUUUAGUAUCGUGGUGGAUGUUAACACUAGAAAAGCAAGGCUGCCACAACCUUCUCCGCGCAGGUGCAAGCGGUGUAAUCCAGGCCAUGGUACUCAGCUUUGGAAGUUUCCGAUUUAGUAACCAGCACUUGGAAUUUAAUAUACAUCCAAAAUAUCUGCAUCGCGAGUAUCACUUCCGCCGUUUAAAUUAUGGAAAUAUGACGCAUGUGAAUGUAACUGUGUCAGUUACGGAUGAAAACAAAGCAGUGAUACAUGUUGCGUUAGACAGGUCAGAUCGCAAUUACUAUGCUUGUGAUGCCGGCUGCCUCGAUGAACCAGUAAUAUUAGGACCUACGAAGAAAACAUUUCCAGUUAAACUAACAGAACCAAUUACAGCAAUUCUAUAUAUAACUGCUGACAAACAGCACAUGGAGGAGUUGCAUAAAGCGAUUCACGUGAAAGAAGUCGUUGAAGCACCUGCCCACGAGCACCAUGUUAUUGCGCUACAUAAGCAUGGGCAUCGGCUGGGGGGAUUACCAACCCUCUUCUGGGUUUCAAUUUGUGCAAUAAUUAUAGUAUUUCAUGUAUUCCUAUGCAAGCUAAUUGUGAAGGAGUAUUGCGAACCACCAGAUAAACUAAGGUAUCGCUAUAGUAAACCGUAAUAUAAUGUUAUGUAUUAGAAUAAAAUUAACUUGGAGCUAACCAA